GUUUAGAUAUGCAAAAGGCUACGCGGUCAUCCUCACGACCAAUGAAAAAACAUCAAUUCCACAUCACUCCAGAUUGGAUCAUAGACUAGUAACCAGUAGUGUUUUCUUGAUCUUCCGAUAUUAUAAAUAUCGAAAAAGACACAUGUCAUGAAAGUAAUGUUGUUAUUCAUCCAAAUCAAAGUUGUUUGCUUCAUCUAAAAUAGUUGGCUGUUUUCGCAUUUGUGAUAAAAAGUUGUUGUUGAUGAGUGUGAUUGAGUGUCUAGGUAGUACUAGAAAGUGAGAUUGAUGAGCAGGUUUCACCUUCUUUAGCGUGCAAAGAUGGCGGCCUCGUCUCUUGUUGUUGCCCGCGGCUUGUGAUUGUGCUUGCGUGACGAGGCUCAAAACCCGACGUGCCUAGGCGGACGGAGCGAAGAGGAGCGCUCUUCAAUCUUUGGCCGUUUGCUGCCGCUGCUACUUCUUCGUCUUCUGCGUAUGCCGUCGUUAGUUCUCUUCCGCGACCCACGUAGGCACAGCUGGACUGACCAAACCCCUGUCGUCCUGAUUUUCCAUGGAGUAGUAGUAGUACACAAGAACCAUCACAGGAGCGUUCAUUCAGCCAACAGGAAACAAGGUAAAAACCACGUAAACGAGGUCGAGUUUUCCAGGCAUGAAGAAGAAUGCCACGACGUGCCCAAAUAGCGCUACACAGGAAUAAUCAACAUCAACAUAACCAAAUCGUGCUACGACCUCCACCAGAAUAAUAUUUCCCACGAAACCUUUACCUUCGAUGUGGAUCUUCAUCUUCCCCACACAUGGAAUACGCUUCUGCUCUAUUAAUGGAUCUGUCACAGUCACAGUCCCGACGUGCAGCUGCAAGAACGCUUCCAGAGUCGAUUGCGAGAGGAUGAAAAAGAACAAUAACAACAAACCCACUAGAACUAGUACAACAGUACACCAAGACCUACUUCAUCUUCAAGUAUUUUCAAAUCAGCACAAGUUGUGAUCGUGAAGGACAAGUAGAAGACAGGACCAGGGUCAAGAAGAGGACGCACAGCAUUCCUUUCAAGUGUGGACGAAAGUAGUAUCACCCAAUAGAAGAAGGAGCCCAGCAUCUUCAUGGUAGUGGCGAUCUUCAUCAUAAUACCGGCGAUCUUCAUGAUAGUGAAGUAACUGCAGCAUUCUUUUUUUGAUUGUGCUCUUUUUGUGAAAAUUUUCGAAAAUUAAGCGGGUUCGCAGCCACGAGAUGAUGACCGCAGCCAGGGUGGCGAGGUCUGGCAUCGCGGUGCCUAUCUAUGACGCGGAAUCAGGAGAAACCUUUUGGCUAGAGUUUGGUCCUAAUGCCGCUCAGGAUUCUCGCAUACGAGCGCAAAAAACAAGAGACAAUAGUGGAAGUUAUGAACUAUGUAGCUAAAUUCUGCUUUACCGUGGAGGUAGACGUAGUUUCACUAUUUUCACGAAAAAGAAUUAAUACAUUUGUUGUUGUUGAUGUUGAUUCUCCCGAAUAUACGUAACGUAUGAAGUUUAUUUAGAUGAAAAAGUCGUUGCGUUUUAGCAUCUUCUACUUGAUGAUGCACUUCUAGUUCUACUCGCGGUUCUUGCAACAUGGCACUUCUGUGGAGUUUUAAAAGCACCCUCAAUAUUUCACACCAACAGUUCGUUUCGUUGAUGAUCGAUUCAGUUGACACCAUCAUGCAUACUCUAACACGCAUCGAGUGACUUCAAGGAGUGGGUUAUCGCAGAAAAAGAUGUGAAGUUGGAACUUGAAAAAGUGCGUGGCAUUCCACAGCUCGCAAUAUCGCUGGUGACCUCAAAAGAUGGGAAGUCGUUGUCAGAGAGCAGUCUGUUAAGAUAACCAAGAGAGCAUCGGCAUCCUCAGCAUCAUCCUUGGCCAUUUUCCUACAAGGGAAAAAAGACGCCAAGGAUGUGGACAGGGAUGCGAACGCGGUAGCUCUAAGCCUGUCGAGGGGCCUUGGGACGUCCUAUGCGUCCGCCGUCGAUAGAGGCACAUGCCCAUGGCUGAAAUCGCGGGAGGAAGCGAAAGCAGAAGACACCGAAAAAAAGGAGCAAAACAAACAGGAGGACUCGCUCUCCUCCUCCACGGCCGGCGACCAUGAAGCCCGGACAGCAAAGAGGAGUCGACUCCAGGAAGAGCCAGACACGAAGACAGACCAAGAGGAAGGAGCAGUAGCGAAUCAGAAAAGCUCCUAUGCAGUACUUCAUCUUUUCCUUUCUUUUUAUGAAGUAUUACGGCUCCCUCAGCCUCGGGAUGAUUAUGGUAUGGAAACUGGUUCAUGCAGCAGGAAGGGCCCCGCUUUUCUAUUCUGUAUCAUCACGAUGUAUUUUGUUGUAUUAGGUCGGAAAUAUCGCACAAGCUACGCACAGGCUGUUCAACCGAUUUUAUCCUGCGAAUACGGAAGCAACCCUCUCGACAAGAGCUGGCAACGGUAAUAGAUACAUGUAGGAAUUUUGAUACCUUGAAAAGAGUGCAGCAGAUUGGAGGCGUAGGUCGUGUGAACAAGAUUUUACACUAGUAUUGCCAUUGUAAGUCACACUUUGACUUUGACGCGUUUUCUCAUGAUCUAAAUCUAUUAAUUUGUUUGAUUCAGGCUUGAACACGAGGCCGGGGUCGGCAUCCAGUACUUCGGACGUUCAUAUGAGCGAUGCGACUACGGAGCGAGCGGAUGCAGAAAAGUAUACUUUGACCUCACGAGGACGGCCUAUGUCGCCAUUCUGAUAAUCAUGAUUGCAAUGCGAUUAGCUGGACGUCGACGUAAGUAUCAUCACAGGCGUAAGCAUUCGUCACAAACUAGUACCAGAACGUGAACUCAUUAUAUUUAUAAAUAAUAUAUACAACUCAUUGAUGAGUCCUUUAGAUAGAACUUACUUUUUGAAUUCCAGUCGGCAUCCGCGCACGUUGACUUUGCGGAUCAUCCGGGACGAAGAGUUAACGUAUGCGCACCAGAGUGGUCCUUUGCCGCUAUGGGGGCAUUGGACGGCAUCACCAAAAGUGGAUAAAAAGAGCGGCCUUCCAAUUUUGAAUACCUUCCAGGCGAUGAAGGAGUGCUCCAAUAUAUGUGGACCCGAAUAUAGCAAAGUUUUUGUACCUAGAAUUAUUUUGAGCUGCUUGUUUGCUAACUAGAUUUAUUACUGCGAGAUAACCAGAAUUACCUUUGUAGCCGAAGAAAAGAAAUGGUAAAUAAGGUUUCCCCGAGAUGUGGUCGUGGACCACCAGAAAGGAGACUCCUACAAUUAACAUUGUAAGUUACAUUUAGAAGAAGUGCCACCAAGUCUCAGCUUCGAAAUAACGAGUACUUAGGAAUAACUGCAAAUUUAUUGAGUUUCUCUGACUGAGUACCACAAGUAGUAUUACUAUUAAUCUACUUGAUCACCUGUGAAUGAAAAUGACCAACAUGCCUAGGAUUAGUAUUAGCAGGGAGCAGUAUUUCAUAUUCAUACUUGACAAACACAAGAAAUCAACAAAGGUAUAUCUUCGCUGGUGGCGUACUUUUUUACUUCCAGGCUCCGAGAGGCAUGAACUUGUGAACAAAGUGGAACCAGCGACAGACUUUGUGAAGCAAGAGAAGAAUUUCCUAUCAAGAUUUCCUGGGGAGCAGGCUGACCGCGGUUGGCAAAGCCUAGGCCGUAUUGAUCUCCUUUGCUUUGAAUCUUGAACAAAUGUAAGUGAAACCUGACUAAGUCUACUGUAAGGCCGCUGGUGAGGUAGAUUACAACUUCGUUGAAUUUAAAAGUUUAAUUUUCAAAAUUUUUAAUGUGCCCGCCGCAACAACAUCUGCACUGGCUUUAUUUAUUCGGAUCGAUUUGAACUAGCAACUUCUUGUAUGUAUAGAUGAAUAUGAAUAUAUGCCCACUCAUCUUCUGUUCCUUUUUUUUCUACUCAGCCGCCGACUGUCAUUUAGUAGGCACUUCUGCGGAGUAUUGGCGUGCAAUGUUGGACGCUUCCGGUGGCGAUCCAGAAAAGGCCAGUCUUCGUGGCUUUUACAGGGGCAUAUUUGGUGGUCCGACACUACAUGCAGAGACUGAACAAGAUCACAGAGGGGACAAUGUAUGGACCUAAGUAGCAUUUAAGCACUAUUAGUACUAGUUUGCUGAUUUUGUGAAACAGAUUUUCAGGGGGUUUUCCUAGUUCUCUUGCCCAUGUGGUCGUGGUAAAACAUGAAGAACAGUAGACGUUGUAGUUGUGGAGACACGCUCAAGUACUCUUUGGCACGUUGAUAACUACAACUACCCACCACCUCAAACAUGCGGCAGUCUCGAAAAAUUCUGUUGAACAUUCCUUCCCACUAUAGACUCGGAAAAAUACUCCUCCCGAGGAACUUGUAGUCUCUAAUACUCGAACAGGAUCCGUUCGCGAAUUUGCGGAUCGCAGCACUCGUGUACAGGCCUAUGCGCGAGAUUUUAGACGCAGUUGGGUAUUAUCAUUUCUCUUAUCGGCUCUUCAUCUUAUAUAUAAGCAAAUGAAAUAUUCAGAUCCAUCCCUCACUAGUACAGAUCAGCCUUUACAAGCAGGUGCAGGCCGUGAAACUAAUCUUACUAGUACGGAAUGAUUGAAUUUGAAAUAAGAUAAGCCCAUGGCGAUGUCCAUGUCCAUGAUGAAGCAUACGACUAGAACUAGUUCCAGUUUAUCUUCGAUUCCAACGUCUCUCAGGUAUGGUCGACGCCUAUAUAAAUAUUUGUUGAUGGUGUCAUCGCCAAGCAGGAGGAAUCACCGAGACAAUGCAGUUAUGGAAGUGUAAAGCUUUGCUCGUCGUACUGUAAGUGGAUUUAGAAGUAGUAUUUAGGUUAUUGGAUUCUUGGUGUUGUAUCUACGUACUAAGUCACGGUUGUGCAUGUGAAUAUUAUCGUGGUGCUUCGUAUUAGUCGUAUUCAUUCUAUAUCGAUUCUAUGUAUACAAGUCGUAUUCAUUCUUGAGACAAUUUCUUGACGCCUUCAGCAGGUCCAAGAGAUGGCAGCUUAAUUUUAUGAAAUAUUGUCGACCCCAUCUGUCAGUCUUUCUUCUCUUUCAUUCGCGGCUCUUCUGCGGAGGAACAUUCCUGGUGGAUGUGCAGCAAUGCGUGGAAAAGGAGAAAGCAAAGGGAGUUCUUCGAGAGUGGGAUGGAACGCGAAGUAGAAAGUGAUUUCGACAACAGAGUUCCCAAAGACCCAAGAUAUGUCAGUGCACGUGGUCAGGGCGUUGGCGGAGGUACUCAUGAAGGACAGGUCUACUCGACUAAACAAGACCUAUUAAUUUUGAUUCUUAACAUGAGAGUAUAAUCAGCUUGGCUAUAGAUUAUGUAAGUACGUGUAAUAUAAUGACAAUAAGAAAAAUAGUCGCAUUCCUCUUCCUCAUGGGAACAACAUCAAAUGGUAGUACGUAGUGGUUUUAAGGUGGACGACACGGACAUUUGGGUCUGGUCUCAAAGCUGAUUUGGUAGGUCAGAUCGGAGACAUAUGACAUCAUUUUGAUACUUCUUGGUCUUACAACUAAAAUUGUCCUUGGUGUAUACUUAGAGGCAGAGUUUUCACGAGACCUCUGUUGGCCUAUGGCUUAUUGUUUUUUUUUUCAGCUCGCUUGGAGACCUGGGGAACCGGAAAGGAUUUUUUGACUGAGUGGUCAAUGAUAUACGAUUCUUGUCAAGCGAUGGUUGCCGUAUUCACGCAAUGCAGUGACGUGACAUCUGUUAGCCUCGGGUCCGUCACAGUUGCCGGUUGCAGUAUCGACGCCAAUGUUACGAUUAGAACAUCAUUACUGUUACUCAUACAUACGCAGACAUUUCGCAGGUAAGCGUGGCCCUUUUUGAAUACUUGAUUAGAUCUAGGUCCCAGCAUGGUUAAACGCAGCUGCGAUUUUGGAAGGUAAAAGCACCUGAUUUGGGUAAAAACACAUCUACCGUAGACGUGUUUUUACCAGACAGAGGAGGUAGAUGAUCUAGGAGUUUAGAGGGUCGUGCGGCUUCGGGUAUGAUUGAGUUAAAAUGCCUUAUGUUUCCUUUCAUAUAUGGCGCGGUGGCAGUAUCGCCAGACAUGAAGCUGAGUGAGGCGCGCAGCCGUGAAGCUCCAGUGUGGUACGGGCUUGAAAAAAUGGUGUAUAGCAACACAAAUGGCAGUGGAGGUCUAGUACGGACGAUUUCGAACCUUUCCGGCACCUUAGCGUCGCCGCUUGCGGGUCCCCGCUCAUCGGUGUUGGCUCCAGCAAAAGGGAGCACAGCAGUGGGAAGCAGUUCCUCUGUCGCCGACUUAUCGACAGCAGCUUCCAGUAGUACGCUUUCGCUCGCAGAUGCAGGUUCUGCAGCUGAAGCAGAGGCGCAGCAGCAACUGCCCACUAGGACCGCUAGUUUUGUAUCAGCGACUGCUGGGGUAUCUUCUUCUUCAGCAGGUGCGGGUGAAGUACGGGAGAGUGUCGUCGCAGGCGCAGCACCUCUUGGAGGUGAAGGAGGAACGUCGUCAAGCACGUCGUCAAAACUGGAUGUCGCACACCCAGCGCCGUCAAGUCCAAUGCCUGGGAUGGCGGCCAGCUCGUCCAGGAGGCCGGUGUUUACGGAGGUGCAACGGCGGAGAAAGAACGUCUACUGGUCAAAUUUGCUACCGGAAAUGGCUUUUUUUCUCGACAAUUUGCUGACCGACCAUAAGAACACAACUAACAAGGACCUCGAGGCCCAUACGCAUUUCAGGUGCAUGCGCUCCGUGACGGAGCUCUUUCUUCACAUUUUCAACGCUUUUCUACACAACUACCGCGAAGCGGUCUCAAUCCUCACCGAAGAAGCCGGGGGCGCAGCCGAUGUCAGCGCACUUGCACUUGGGCAGACGAACGCUUCGAGCGCCAGCGUCACCGCAUCAUCCGAGCAGGAUCCAGCGCUGCCCCCUCGCGUACGAGAUCCCCACAAAGAUCCAGGUGCAGCAGCGACAAGCCCCACCUCUAGUUCACCUGGUGGUUCGUCCACCUCGACGCCGCUACCCCGAGGCCUCAUAGCAACCGCGACUGUUGAACAGCUGGAUUUGGCCUUCGCUGCGGGUUUAGACGACGUCAAGCUGCAACAGAGCCGUACUUCUUUUUAGCAUAUGAUGUGUGUCAGUGUCUGUAGUAAAUUCGGCUGAAGAUGGAGGUCCUUGUCGUUCUUAUUCACCCAUGCAUUAGAACGAAGACUGAUUAGAAUCUAUAGUUCAUCUCUAUUCUUAUUUUCUCCCCGACGCUUUGCCAUGAUCAGGUGACUUUUUUUCGAUUGCCAAGACAUUAUUGUAUGUGAGCGGAACAGAUGAAGCAUGGGUCAGGGCAAGACAGUGCUUUCUGAAAGCGCUCUGUCGCCGUGGUAUUUCGACGUAUUUGCAAGAGUUUUCCGAAGUUGAAAAUUACGCAGACACUUUGUGCGAAAUUGACGACCUUUGUGACCUCACUUCGAAGAUGCCACCACCUUUUCAGAACGACCCUGCGGCCAAAAAUUAUGAAACGGAACCUGUACCUCUUGAUAUCAGUGGCGGAUAUUUCUAUUUGGAAUUUGAAUUUAUUCAGAAGCCCCUAGACCCGAAGACCGUGAUCAUGAUCAUAUUAAAGCAUGUCAGUGAAUGUGUAUAAAUAUCGGGAGACUUCGAUUUCUUUUUGUUCCUACGCCCGCGACCACGACUUUCUUCAUAUUUUGCGUGAGGAGACGCAGAGGGAGAGCGCGAAGCGGGCAAAACAGGAGAAAGUGUACAACACUUUUCACUCGCAAUGGAUGGGUCUCGAUUUUGCAGCCAUUAUGGCCGUUUUGGAUGUGGAUGCGUUUGGUAUCAUAACCACAUCGUGGAAAGAGGAGUUGUACCAUCGCAUGUUUGAGCGUCUCAUAUCCUGCAAGGGUCCACGCGCAGCCUUAUGCCAGGAGACCUUUCAGAACUACGCAGUGUGCAUAGAGCAGAAGGCGGCCGAGUUGGUUACCCUUCUGGACUUGCAUGCCAUGAGCAGCAAGGCUUUUGCGCGUCACACGUCCUUGGAAGUGACACCCCAGGGAAGAUUGAUGAAUGUGGCAUUUUAUUUUGUGCGGAUGCUCAGACGCGAGUUCGGCAAUUUGAUCCUGCCAAGAGACCCGGCGACCGCGGCAACCCGUCAAGGAGCGAACGGAACUGCGCGGCCCGCGUCGGAUGGCGCUCUCACCCCGCGAGCAACGACGCCAGUUAAUAAUCAAGCUGCCGAGCGCACACCCGGUGGAGGUGGCGCCGAAAGUUAUGUGAGGUAUUGAAGACUCACACCUUUUAUCUGGGAGAUCCAGAGGCUAGCCAGCACUAGAGCGUGUGGCAACAGCUUCAUUGCAGAGAGCACCACUUCCUGUCCAAGUCCACGCUACAUGAUACUCGUUAGACGAAUUUCAAUUUCUUCUAUUGCGACACUUCUCUGCACUGUGCCCCUUUCAUCUGGCGGAUUUAGGCUUGGGUGCCGAUGAUGCCGCGAUGGAUGACGACCCGUGGGCUACCACCUGA